CGAACAAGCCCCUGGGCAAGAUGUCCUCGUACACUUAUUUCAUGCAAACGUGCCGCAAGGAACAUAAGAAGAAGCGCCUGGACACUUCGGUCAACUUUUCCAACUUCUCCAAGAAAUGUUCCGAGAAAUGGAGGACAAUGUCAGCAAAAGAAAAAGGCAAGUUUGAAAACAUGGCAAAGGGUGACAAAGUUCAUUAUGAUAGGGAGAUGAAAAGUUAUAUUCCUCCUAAAGGGGAGAAGAAGAAGAAGAAGAAGAAGAAGAAGAAGAAGAAGAAGAGGAAGAAGAAGGACCCCAAUGCCCCCAAAAGACCACCAUCUGCUUUCUUCCUGUUUUGUUCUGAGCAUCACCCAAAGAUAAAAAGCGACCACCCAGGUUUGUCUAUUGGUGAGACAGCAAAGAAACUAGGCAAAAUGUGGUCUGAGCAAACAGCAAAAGACAAACAGCCCUUUGAGCAGAAGGCAGCAAAAUUAAAGGAGAAGUAUGAGAAGGAUGUUGCAGCAUAUCGUGCCAAGGGGAAGGGUGAUGCAGGAAAGAAAGGUCCAGGUAGGCCAGCAUGGCUCCAAGAAGAAAGUAGAACCUGAAGAAGAUGAUGAGGAAGAAGAAGAUGAGGAGGAAGAUGAGGAGGAAGAUGAA